AUGACAGUGGCAAGUUCAUAUCGUUUCGAUCCACCUCCACCACGCCCGAGGAAGAAGCGGGCAGUGGUUCGUCGUGACCGUGAAGGUGGAGCUGAGCGCCUCCAUCGCGAUUAUUUCACCGUCGAGCCUGUUUAUGGGCCACAAUUCUUUCGCCGUCGAUUUCGCAUGAGCCGGGAGUUGUUUCUACGCAUUGUCAAUGCGCUAGAAGUCGAUCCUUACUUCCAACAACGUCCGGAUGCUGUUGGCCGCUUAAGCUUCUCCCCGAUCCAGAAGUGCACUGCCGCUGUUCGACAAUUGGCAUACGGAACUUCUGCUGAUUGUUGUGACGAAUAUCUCCGUAUAGGAGAGUCGACGGCGUUGGAAUGCUUGAAGAAAUUCUGCAAGGCCGUUGUUCGUAUCUUUGGCGGCACGUAUUUGAGGCGGCCAACAACUGCCGAUGUGCAACGCAUCACUGCAAUGCACGAAGCCCGCCAUGGGUUCCCGGGAAUGUUGGGGAGCCUAGACUGCAUGCAUUGGGGAUGGAAGAAUUGCCCCGUGGCUUGGCACGGCGCCUACACUCGAGGGGAUCAAGGCGAGCCAACAAUUAUAUUAGAGGCCGUUGCUUCACAAGAUUUGUGGAUCUGGCAUGCAUUCUUUGGAGUCGCUGGGUCCAACAACGACAUCAACGUGCUCCACCAGUCCACGCUAUUCAACGAUGUUUUAGCGGGGCAUGAAGCGGCUGUGCACUUCCUCGCCAAUAAUUCUCACCACACUUGA